UGACGUCAAACACAUGCGCCGGCGGCUCCCGAGCGCGACCUUCUUCCUCAGAUGUGCGACGCGAACUCGCUGCUUCGGUUUUAAAAUGUUUGUUUCCAGUUGAAGAUUCAAAGAGAAAAAACAAACCGAAGAUGUUUCGUUUGUCUUUGAUGGUUUUUACCAGAGGAUCCGCGAAAAGGUUCUCCUCGUCCUUCUCCGCUCAGAGCGCGCUGCCUCCAAACCUACUGCUGCCGUCAAACCUCGUGGAUCCGGCCAGAUUAAAGCGUGCGCCGCCUCCUGCAGAUUCCUCGCUGCCUCUUCUGAGGAAGUGCGAUGCUGCUGUUCCCGCUCACCUGAGCCCCGUCCACACGUGGGUGGAGACUCUGGAGACGCAGGACGGCGAGCCCUUGGGUUUGGCGCAGCUCCACCCGGACGUCUUUGCAGUGGCUCCGAGGCUCGAUAUCCUUCACAACGUCGAAACGUGGCAGAGGAAUUUCAAAAGAAUUAGCCACGCCAACACGAAGGUCAGGUCAGAGGUCAGAGGAGGCGGCAAGAAACCGUGGAAACAGAAGGGAAGCGGCCGAGCUCGUCAGGGCAGCAUCCGAUCCCCGCUGUGGAGAGGAGGCGGAGUGUCCCACGGCCCCAGAGGACCGACCAGCUACUACUACAUGUUGCCCAUGAAGGUUCGAGUGCAAGGACUCAAGGUGGCGCUGAGCUCCAAGAUGGCGCAGGACUACCUUCACAUCGUGGACUCUCUGAACAUCCCCACUCCCGACUCCCAGUAUCUGCUGGACCUCAUCAGACUCCGACACUGGGGGGAGUCGGUGUUGAUCGUAGAUGUAGGUGAAGAGAUCCCUCAAAAUAUUCUUCAGGCCACAGCGAACCUGAAGACCGUGAACAUCAUUCCAGCCAUUGGUCUGAACGUCCACAGCCUGUUGAAGCACGAAGCCGUCGUCCUCACUCUGGAAACAGUGAAGUUCCUGGAGGACAAGCUGCUGUGGCACGACCAGCGGUUCACGCCUCUGUACUCGUUCAAACUCCCCUACUCCGACUUCCAAUAGAAAACAAGACCUGUAAUAUAUUCACUCA